GGAGCUGUAAACGUCCCUGCCUUCCUCGAUACCCCGCAGGGGCGGCUGCCUGUACGCGAGGACUUCCUCAAGAGGAUGCUGCAAAAGUUUCCGGACAAGAACUCCAAGAUCGUUGUGGGUUGCCAACGAGGGAUUCGGAGCGCCGAAGCUGCUUCCUGGCUGUGCGAGGUUGGGUACACUAACAUCGUCAACCAGGAUGGAGGGUGCGAGGCAGCUCAGGCUCCCCGACUGAUGCUGACGGCCUUGUGCAGGUUUUCCUACUGGGUCACGAAGAAAGAUCUGCCAACGGAGGCGUGA